GUGGACAACCCGUCGGGAACUUACAUAGGUGCUACAAUGAGAUAUCGUGACAUGCGUCAUCCUUGACUCUUCCAAUCUCGUACAAUAGUGCAUCAUGGAGACUAUGAUCAUCAGCACAGGCCAGGAACUUCGCGACUGCUUCUUCCCCAGCACAGCAAGCCACACAUGUUCCGAGCGAUGCACACGGAAUCUACCUAGGCACCAUCCUACCUAGGAAGAUUCUAGAUACUUAAUCUCGUGGCGUCGUUUACUCUGUCCACGACAAGUUUUAAUACUAAGCAUCAGAAUAAAGCUUUGCUUUCUCCCAGAUCAUGGCCGCUACCGAAAUUGACACAUCCAACCGUGGAGUUGCUGGCAACGAGUCUGACCUUGUCGCUGGAUCAGAUAAAGUGGUAGACCAAGCAAUAUGCGAUUACAUUAAAAGAAGUGGUCAACUGGAGCACGAUUUCAACGAAGAUGACCCGUUUUUCAUUGCCGACCUGGGACAAGUCCUUAGGCAACAUAAAAAAUGGCAGAAACAUCUACCAACAGUUGAACCAUUCUAUGCAGUCAAGUGUAAUCCAGACCCGUCUCUUCUGAGAUACUUAGAGGCCCUCGGUACGGGCUUUGACUGCGCCUCGAUAGAAGAGAUCCGUUGCGUUCUUUCUUUAGGCGUUGAGCCUUCACGUAUCAUCUUUGCCAACCCGUGCAAAAGUCCAUCUUCGGUUCGGUUCGCAAGGACUAUUGGGGUCCACCGAACAACAUGUGACAACAUUGACGAACUGGAGAAAAUACACUCCAUCAUGCCUGAGGCGAUGGUGGUGUUACGCCUCUACGCUUCCGAUCCAGGGGCUUUAACCGACCUCGGUGGAAAGUUUGGGGCUACCAAAGAUGUCGCACUCAAUCUUCUCGAGCGUGCUCGACAGUUAGGGGUCAAAGUUGAAGGAGUAAGCUUUCACGUAGGAUCCGGCGCCCGGAACCCUAGCGCCUUUGAGAAGGCUCUGCGAGAAAGAAUGGAGGGAGCCGACACUGAUUGAAACGAAUAAUCCUUCUGCGGAGUUGAAGGCAUCCAGAAGAACACGUUGUAGACAUGUAUAUCACAUCUGGGGGCCCACGUGCGACUCAACAGACAGCGUAGUGCGAACGGCCGUCCUCGAAUCAGAGGUUUACAUUGGCGACUGGUUGAAAUAUAAAAAUAUGGGAGGUACGAUCUCUUUCUUCAAAUCUUUCACUACCAUUUUCAUCAGUCUAAUUUACGCUAUGCAGCCUACACUACAUCAACUUCAACACGAUUCAAUGGCUUCAAUAAUCAGCACAAGAUAAUUUAUGUUUCUAGCAAAGCCUAAUAUUUCCUAACCUACCUAGGUACCUAAGGACCUAGUAGCUAUUACAAUGAUAUGACUUAUCACUUUUCCAUCAGAGAAGAAAAAUGUUGCUAGGUAGCUGAUGUAAAUGAAAGGAUGGGUCGAUGUUCACCUACUUCUUCUUUGCCAUAGCCAAUCACACAUCACGAUGUUACGCUGCAUAAUAUGUGGGAUCCUAGUUGCAUUUCUUUAUUUCUUUAUGUUUCAUCCUAUUUUCCCAUCUGGGCAUCCUUACUUCAAGCUUACCAAAACAU